UCCCCCUGCCCAAAACCCUAAUUCUCUCAUAAUGAAACUGUAUAUACAUAUAUGCAUACGCAGGCUCUCAACCUUUAUUCCAUUUUGCUGCAAAUUCGUAGAUUACUUAGUCGGCCGCCAAAAUCCUAGAAUCUAACACCUCAGACAUAUUCUAAUGGCGCCGAAAAAGGAGAAGGCACCGCCUCCAUCAUCGAAGCCUGCCAAGUCUGGCGGAGGCAAGCAGAAGAAGAAGAAAUGGAGCAAGGGAAAGCAAAAGGAGAAAGUGAACAACAUGGUUUUAUUCGAUCAGGCAACUUAUGACAAGCUUCUAUCUGAAGCUCCCAAAUACAAACUUAUCACUCCUUCAAUCUUGUCUGAUAGGUUGAGGAUUAAUGGAUCACUGGCACGGAGAGCUAUUAAGGAUUUAAUGGCAAGGGGUUCGAUUAGGAUGAUCUCUGCUCAUGCCAGUCAACAGAUCUAUACCAGGGCUACGAAUACUUAAUCGGUUGAUGCUUCCUCCUCAUUUGAUCCGGUCUCUGUUCUUUGCAAUUAUUUAUUUAUUUUCUUUUGCUUAGUUGAAUGUUAAAAGGUUUCUUUUUGGUUCUAAUGGUUCACUUUGAUCCCAAAUUUUGAAUGGAAUUAUCUAUACAAUUGAGUUUCAAGUUUCCUAUGCA